ACAAACUUGAAUGGAACUCGUCUGUCGGUGCGGUGGUUUCUGGGGACAUAAAUCUCCCUACACUUGCUUGUGUUACACGUAAAGGCUUCCGGAAUUACGAAGGAGGCAGUUGUUAGCUGUCAGGUUUGUGUGUUGCGUUAGCGUCACAUUGAAGUGGUGUAUUUGAAUGGCUCUGCUCACAGAUUGACACAGUCCGGUGUAAAGCAGCAGAUGCUCUCCAUGCAGUGUGAUUUUUUUCCCCCCCGAGACUGUCUCAUCGGUCAUCAGCUGAUUGAACUACAGCACUUCUGACUGACAGCAGAGCAGGAUGUCAGACGCUGACAACCAAUCAUGUCUAAGGGGAGCAGAGAACAUGGUCUCACUCUUGGUCUGCUUGUUUCAUGAGUUGGAAGAAUGGGCUGACCUUGGCCAGGUGGAAGACUAUCUGAGUGUUCUGGACUACCUGUUGUGGGUGUUCACCCCACUAGUCAUUGUUUUCAUUGUGCCCUUCCUCAUCGUUAUUCUCCUUUACCUCUCUAUUCUCUUCCUUCAUGUCUAUAAGAGGAAGAAUCAGCUGAGGGAAGCUUACUGCAACAACCUGUGGGAUGGAGCCAGGAAGACCCUGGCUACUCUUUGGGAUGGACAUGGAGCAAUAUGGCACGGCUAUGAGAUACAUGGGAUGGAAAAGAUUCCUGACAAAGGAGCAGCUCUGAUAGUGUAUUAUCAUGGAGCCAUCCCAAUCGACUACUACUACUUCCUGGCCAAUGUUAUCAUCCAGAAAGGACGAACCUGCCACUCUGUGGCUGACCACUUCCUCUUCAAGAUCCCAGGUUUCAAAUUGUUGUUGGAAGUGUUCAGCGUGAUUCAUGGUCCUCAGGAGGAGUGUGUGCGGGCUCUGAGGAAUGGCCACCUGUUGGGGAUUUCUCCAGGCGGGGUGCGGGAAGCUCUGUUCAGUGAUGAGACCUACCCUCUUCUUUGGGGUAAACGCAAAGGCUUUGCUCAGGUCGCCAUUGACUCUCAAGUGCCAGUAAUUCCAAUGUUUACUCAGAAUGUGCGGGAAGGCUUCAGAUCUCUGGGAACUCUCAGAUUUUUUCGCUGGGUGUAUGAGAGGUUUCGUCUCCCUGUAGCUCCUGUUUAUGGUGGAUUUCCUGUCAAAUUUCGAACCUUUCUUGGUGAUCCCAUCCCGUAUGACCCAAACAUAAAUGCUGGAGAGCUGGCAGAAAAAGUGCAGCAGGCGAUCCAGUCUCUGAUUGACAAGCACCAGAAGAUCCCUGGGAAUAUCCUGAGAGCACUGUUGGAGAGAUUCCACACCAAACACAACGAUCAUUUACAAUAGCAGUACAACAGCGACAAAUUAUCCAGUUUGCUCAGAAGGGUGUGGUAUGCAAAGAUGCUGUGGUCUAACAAGCUGUAAUAUUUGCACAGCUUUAGUCGCUGCUCCCCAAAAACAGUGACUGCAGCUAAAGUUAAUUUUACAGACAAGGUUUUUUGUAUUACAUAUUUCUAAGAUGUACACUGUGUUCCAAAUUAGAAUGCAAGAAGGACUUAGUUAAAUAAACAUUUAGUUUUAUGUUUUUUUAUGAAACUUUUUGCUUGUGUUGUUUCUCCUGUCUGUUUAAAACACUGACAUCAAUUUUAUACAGGUUUGACAAAUAAUUUGGCAGGUGAGCCUAAUUAAAGGGAAACUACUUAAGGAGGUUGUUUCACGUUAUGAAGUGAGCCGUGGGUUUCAUGCAGUAUGGGGACAAAGAAAGACAUUUCUGCAGAUGAAAAGAAUGAAAUGUUGCAAUGCCUUGCAAAGGUAUGAAAACACUGGAAAUUCCACAAAAACUUAAGAGAGAUCUUCAUACCUUGAAAAGGUAUGUUUGAUUCAGGUAUGUUGAGUUCAUUCAGAUCAAGGUGUAUUAGGGAAGAUUUCUGUCAAGCAAAUACAUCAUAUUAAGAGAGCAGCUAUUUAAAAGCCACAGCUGAGCAGUAAACAGAUAGUUGAAGCUGCUGGUGCCUCUAGAAUCCCAAGAACCUCUCAAUGCAAGCUUCUUGAGAGGCUUGUAGUUGUGUGUAAAGCUGUACUUCGGCCACCCCUAACCAGUGCUCACAAGGAAAACUGUUUACAUUUGGCUCAGAAAUACAUGAAGACCAAUUUUCAAACAGUUUUAUUCACUGAUGAAUGCUGUGCUACACUGUAUGGUCCAGAUGGGUGGAGUUCUGGAUGGCUGGUGGGUGGCCCCCACCACCCAACAACGCUGCGACAUCAGCAGGAAUGUGGUGGAGUUUUGUUUUGGGCUGGAAUAAUGGGGAUUGAGCUGGUAGGCCCCUUAAAGGUGCCUGAAAGUGUCAAAAUGACUCUUCAAAAUAUGUGGAGCUGCAAAUUGAUUAUUUCCUGCCAUGGUAUAAAAAGAACUGUGCCUUCCACAAUAAAAUCAUUUUCAUGCAAGACAACGCACCAUCCCAUGUUGCAAAGAAUGCUAUUGAGUAUUUGGCUGCUAUGGGUAUAAAGGGAGAGAAAAUCAUGGUGUGGCCACCAUCAUCCCCUGACCUCAACCUUACUGAAAACCUAUUUAGCAUCCUUAAAAGGAAGAUCUAUAGUACAUCUCAAAACAGCAGCUCUGGGAUGCAAUUCUGGCAUACCCAAAUGAAAUCCAGGUAGAAACUAUACAUGGAUUUACAAGUUAAAUGGAUGAGAGAGUUGUGACAGUGAUAUCCAAGAAGGAUUCCUAUCUUAACAUGUAACUUGACCUGUGAAGAUGUUUUUGAUUGAAAGAGGAUUUGUUAUGAGCAAAAACAUCUCCUAUUGCAGAAAAUACUGACAGCAGAUUUCCAUUUUUAAUUCUUAUAACCUAUUAACCUGUGAAACUGUUGUCCAUAAUAAUUUGGAACACUGUAUUUUGAGUUAUUAAAAACAUACUGUUGUCAUCAUCUGAAGUUUUGUUUAGUAAAAUCCUGAUUAUAGUGUGAUUGUUGAGGAUUUUCAAACAAUCGUACUGACUGUCAUUUGUAUUGACUACUUAGAAAACAUGAACAAAAACAGCAUAUGGGUAAUCAUUUGGAACACAGUGUAUAUACACAGACUCCUGUUUCACUUGCUCAUUCCCAAAAAUAAUCUGUUUAAAGCUAGACUUCCUAAAGUGGCUUUGAAUUUCACAAUAGUUACACUUCAAAUAGAAUGGAAAGGAAAACACAGAUUGUUUCCAAUGAACAGUAUUUCAUCGUGACAUCAGAUGUAAGUGGUCAUUGUAGCUAUUCUGAGAAAAUAUAUGGCAUAUAGGCAAUUAAUUCAAUCAAAAUUUUGAUUAUAAGUACACUGACCGCAAAAUAUUCAUGAUGUUAGGUAAUCGUUCUUGUUGAAUUGGUCAUGCCUAUGAAUUACAGUGACUAUACAGACAAUUGCUUGUAAUGGCACUCUCACCUGCUAAAUCUUCAUCAUCAUCAGUUUCACUUGAGUGAAAGCAAAUAGUGGAACACAGUAAUUCCUAGGAUUAAGUGAUGAGAUUAUUUUUUUUACAUAGGAGAUACAUGGGAAGUAUUUAAAGUCUACUUGUUGUUAAUGUUCACUCUUACCAGAGGAAUUAUUAAUGGCAUAUCCAGGUAUACUUAAAUCAACAGGUAAAUUCAGAUUCCACAUCUGUGAGGACUCUGAGCUCUUUUGAGGUUUGCAGCAUCAGAACACUGAGAAACCUUGAUUCUUGCUUCUAACUAUCUUUUUAUAUUUAAAUUCUAUUUCUUUACUGUUGGGCUCAGAAGCAACAGCAAACAGUUGAUUCCUUCAAGCUUGUUAAAACAAAAGUAGUCAGCAUUUGCAGGAACUAUGAAGAUUUCAAAUCAUCCAUCAUUAUCUAUGCACCACUUAAUCCUCAUGAGGAGAGAGAGCAUCCAAAAUCUAUGCAUAGAAAGAUCCCAUCCCCAAGGGUUUCAAUUCAAUUUUACUUUGUUUAUAUAGCAUCAAUUCAGAACAUGUCAUCUCACAGUACUUCACAUACUGUAGUAAGGUGAAGAUGUGAAUGUUCAACAAAGAACAGAGAACCCUACAAUCCAAAACAGCCUUUGGAUUCCCUAUGAGCAGGCAGUCAUAGUUGUAAUUGAGCUAACAAGACAGAUGAAUUUCAUAGCCUGGCUUACAAUGUUCAUUUUACACUAGUUUUUCAACAAUAGCUUUAUUAUUUAAUAAUCAUUUUUAUAUACACAGAAAAAACAACUACAGGAAAGAAAAGAAAGACACCAAAAAACAAACUGUAAAGUGCUCCUCUCUUACAACAAAGUCAACUGUCAGUCAGUUCUACACCAAGUCCACAUCCCUCACAUAUUUUACAAAGGUCCCUAAACUUCUCUAUAUGCUCUUUAUUUGCCUUCAUCACAAAAGGCACUACUUCAGCUUGAUAUAAUUUGUCUCAUCCAGUUUGCAAUAGUCUUUCCUUAGUCUUUCUCCAGAACAGAGGUUCAUUAAUAUGUUAGACCCUCCGGAAAAACGCGAUUAUGCGAUCGCAUGAAUUCCCGCAUUAAUCACCAAAAUGCCGCUGAUUAUGCGGCGGUCAAUUAUUUCCCAAAAGGCCGCAUAAUCCCCGCAAAACAGCGCAUAAUUCAUGCAAGAAUCUCACAUUUCCACGAAAAAAAGAGAAAUAUGCGGGUCCCGCUUGAUUUCACAAUUUCCGCCUAAAAUGAGAAAACUAUAAUCAAUAUAAAUUAAGUUGUGAGUGAGUUUUUAUGUGACGCCCGGCCUGAUGUCAUCAGUUCGUGCAUUCACACACACACACUAGAAGCACGAGCUGAUGCGGAGCGCGGCGCCAGUGUUGCCAACUUAGCGACUUUCUCGCUAAAUCUAGUGACUUUCCAAAGCGUCCCAGCGACUUUUUUUGUCAAAAGCGACUAGCCACAAAUCUAGUGACUUUUUCUGCCGUUUUGGAGACUGACAGAAAAACUUGGAUCAUUCUGCAGUUACUGUUUUCAACGAGCAGCAGAUCCUGCUGUAAGCUUCUCCCCCUCCCAAAGCACAGGCUGUCAGUCCAGUAACCCCGCAGCAGUCCCAGUGUCUGAUUAGAGGACACAUCCCUCCGCGGCCAGACGGCAGGUGAAUCGCGCAUAUUUUUGCAUAUUUCGCAACUAUUCGCAUACUUUGCAACUUUCCGCAAUUUCCCCGCAUAAAAUGGCAUAAAAACCCCGCAUAUUUAUUUGCAUAAUCAAGGAUUUUAGCCCACAUAAUCAAGGAUUUUUGCCCGCGUUUUUCUGGAGGGUCUAAUAUGUUCUUUUUGUUAUAGUUGUGUUCCUUUGGAUAUAGGCCAAGUAGAAACAAUUUCAGGGUCAAAUGAAAUUCUUUGUGAAAUUGUUUUCUCACAUAUCGAUCUGACCUCUUCCCAAAUAUUUUAGUCUUUCUGCACUGCCAAAUAGUGUUCCUUUAACCUCUGCAUGCAUUUAGUGCAGGUAUCUGGUACAUUUUUAUUGAACUGUUUUAACUUUGCAGGAGUUACAUGUUUUCGCAAUAGCCAAUCAUAAUUAGUCUGAGCCUUACAUUUAUUGUGUGUCUAUUGUUGCACAGCUAGAUUUCCAUUCCUCUGCUGAAAAUUCAGUUUCCAGAUCUUCAUUCCAAGCACAUAACUUAUAUUGUGAGCUCUUAGAUGAGCAGGAUGUAAGUAUAUUCUAGAAUUCAGAUAUGAUGCUCUUUUUAAAACUGUCUUUUGUUAUCAAUGUUUCAACAAGUGACUGUGAGGGUUUAGCGAGUGUAUUGUGUUCAUUUGCUUUUAUAAAGCUUCCAAGCUGUAGGACUUUUGAAAAAUGUGUUUUCGGUUCAGAUUAAACUUGCAGAUGUUCAAAAGAUGUUAUAUCAUCAGAACUUGAUAGAUACAGAUCUUGGAACUUUUUAAGUUCUUUGGAAGCCCAGAUAUUAAAAGUAAAAUCAGGUCUUUCUGAUGUAAAUACAUGAUUACCCGAUUUGUGACAAGGAGUCUGGUUCUUUUAGGUAUUUUCUUACAUCUUACCAGAUUUUAAUGAUUUGUCUAAGUAUAGGGUUGCUCGUCUUUUCUUUGUAGAUUUUUCACUGUGUCAGGGUAGAGGUACAUGGGAAGAGGGAGCCGUAGACUGAGAGCUUUAAUUUUUCCACGCCUUAUAUCCAUGGGGUGAUGACCAACUUUCACAGCGUAAAAGACGAUACACAGCUCAGUAUCUGUUUUUUCUUUGGGGUGGUAAUCACUGCUAAGAACUACUCCUGGAUCUUUAUCUACAAUAAAUCCUGCUGCCUCCGAA